AUGACAAAACAACAGAUGGAGACUAUAGAAGCCACCGAUGCGGCAGGGAAAAACAUCUCCGAAAUCACUUCAACGACCAACGAGUACGAAGUGACUGGAACUGUUAAGCGCAAAAGCGAAGAGGGGGUAGAAACGGAAAAAGACUGUCGUGGUAAGAGACGGAGAGGAGGUGGUGGUAAGAACAUGAAACCAGGGGAGAGGUACAUCCCUCCUCCUCAGAAGCGAAACCCCACGGUAGGCUUCAGCCAAGAACACUUCGAUGAAACCUCGUACUAUUUCGAAGGUGGUCUGCGAAAAGUGCGACCUUACUACUUUGACUUUAAAACUUACUGCAAGGGCCGCUGGAUCGGGAAGAGUCUCUUGGAAGUCUUCAACAAGGAGUUCAGAGCAGAAUCCCUGGAUUACUAUAAAGCAGCAGCCAAAGAGGGCCGCAUCCGUCUCAACGAGGAACCAGUAAAUGACUUGUCGAUAACACUCAGGAACAAUGACCACAUGAAGAACACAGUUCAUCGGCAUGAGCCUCCGGUUGUGGGCCGUCCCUUGAAGAUCCUGGAGGACAACGGGGAGGUUCUGGUGGUGGACAAGCCUGCUUCCAUGCCGGUGCAUCCCUGCGGACGGUUCCGCCACAACACGGUGAUCUUCAUUCUGGGGAAGGAGAGGGGGAUCUCAGGCCUCCACACCGUCCAUCGGCUGGACCGGUUAACCUCCGGGGUGCUGCUGUUUGCUCGAACCCUAGAGGUGUCCAAGAGACUGGACAAGCUGGUCAGAGACAGACAGCUGGAGAAGGAGUAUGUGUGCCGUGUGGAGGGGGAGUUUCCCGAGGCUGAAGUGGUGUGUGAGGAGCCUAUCCUGGUUGUGUCCUUCAAGGUGGGGCUGUGCCGGGUGGACCCCCUCGGCAAGGAUUGCCGCACUGUCUUUCAGAGGCUCAGCUACAACGGAAGCACCAGCGUGGUUCGCUGCAUGCCUCUCACUGGGCGCACACACCAGAUCCGUGUCCACCUCCAGUUCCUAGGGUUUCCUAUCCUCAACGACCCCAUCUAUGGCUCCUCGGCAUGGGGCCCCCAAAGGGCCAAGGGGGGACUGGUUGGGCUGAGUGACGAUGAGUUGCUGAAGGCUCUUCUGGAGGAACAUCGCUCCAAGGAGAGCCUCCACCUUCUAGACCUACCCGAGGAUGCCAGCAGCCUCUUGCAGGAGGGCAUUAUGGGAGUUGGAGUUAAUGGAAAGGACCUACAGAAUGCCUGUGAUACUAGCUUGGCCAGGCCUGAUGAGUCUGGGGGAUGUAGUUCCCAAACAGAGAGAGAUGUCAGCAAUGAAUGUACAGAGCAUCAGACACAUCCAGUACAGCCUGUGUCUACUGACUGUACCCUGAAUGACAUGCGCCCUUUGCAGGGUGCAGGCAGGGAUGGACCCUCGUCAGAGUGUGCACCAGCACUCCUCUCAGGCCCCAGAGACAGAGACCCUCUGUGUAGUGAGUGUAAGAUCACUAGGCCGGACCCAACCGAGAAGGAGCUGAUCAUGUAUCUGCAUGCUUUACGCUACAAAGGACCGGACUUUGAAUACCAGACCUGCCUACCUGACUGGGCUAAAGAAGAUUGGGUUGAUGACUAGAGCUCAACUUAAUGUCAUGUUGUAAAUACAUAUGUAAUAUUUUAUCAGAGUCUGGCCCAAAUUAACACUGAGUGAUGUUUGGUACAUUGAAAUUGCACAUAUUUUGGCCCUCGAAGACUAAGAAUUAGAACUACAGUUGUGAGGGUUUUGUUUGACUUUUCCUCAUAAGAUGUACUAUAAUCAACAAUUACAUUUGACAUUUUUUGGGGGGUUUCUAUCACACAUUAUUUCUGAUGUAAUUUUAAAUCAAAGGGAAUUUUGUUCAAACAAAACAACCAAAAUAAAGCUGUAACCAGGAAAAAUA